UCGUGCCGUGCCGUGCCGUGUCGUCGUAGGAGCGCAAUUUCGCCCGCUGGGCGCGAUUCAUCGGUACGAUACUCAUCGUAUCUCGACUACCCCGUUCACGAAGAAAAAGCGACCGGGAAUCCUCGAAGCGUUUAAAUCGUGGGCUACCCGUGCAUGGGUUCACAACGGUUCUGAACGUCAGUUAGCAUUAACGAGGAACCAAAUCGGAGUCGCCGACUUCGUCAUCAUGCCGUCGGUUGCGGCCACGAUGACGGGGUGACGACGAUCACGAAAUACUCUGGAUAGAAAGACGACAUAUUCUCCCGUUGCUGAUAUGGGGCCACUGACCGAGAGCUUGGUCUUGGUCCAUGGGCCCUUCCUAGUUCGAAAAUAAAUAAAAGUCUAAGGGAUUCUAUAUAAAGAAAUCGUAUACGACGCAGACGACGACGUCAUUUUUUAAGGUAAACGAUUGGGCUCAGGAUGGCCUCGACCUCCAGCAGCACGUCGCCUGACGUCCAGGUGUUGAUGGGCAAGGGCAAGCGUGGGGCAGCGGCCUACAUCAGCCUGGCUACUGGUCGGGAUACUGGUGGCUCCCCGCCGUAUCUCAAUGAGCUGCUGGAUGUUUUGUUGAAUCCUAGCAAACCUAUUGAUGACUGGGAAACCAUUGACUGGUGCAAGUGGCUCAUGGCUGGUGGCCGGACACCCGAUGAGUUUGCCAAUACAGUACGCACUUAUGAUAAUGCUACCACCUGUGGUUUGGUAUGGACACCAAAUUUUGUAGCAUAUCGCUGUCGUACAUGUGGUAUAUCUCCCUGUAUGUCUUUGUGCACCGAGUGUUUUAAGAAGGGAAAUCACCAUCAUCAUGACUUCAACAUGUUUCUCAGCCAAGCAGGUGGUGCAUGUGACUGUGGAGAUACAUCUGUGAUGAAGGAAGCUGGAUUUUGUGAUAGGCAUGGGCCAAACGCUGCUGUAAAUAAAUCAGUUGCACCAUCUGAUUUAAUGUGUGUAGCCGAGGCAAUGAUGCCCAGAAUUAUUCUACGACUUAUACAACAUUUACGUGAAAAUAGUUUAAUGCCAGUUUAUACAACUGCUAUACAUGACACGGAUGCAUAUCUGACCAUGUUGCUUGAUUUAAACAAUAUGGGUGCAUUAAUGAGGCAUGUUAUGACAUCAGCCCUCACGAAUCCGCAAAAAUACCGAGGACUUAUGGAUCCCUCUGUUUUAACGGGACAAUCCGAGUACGAUAAUUAUUGUCAAGAUAGCAAUAAAAUAUAUCAGUAUGCUGUGAAAUCAUUACCGAAUCCAGAACCUCCAGAUGAAUAUAAAGAAUGCGUGUCGCUUCAAGAACAUUUGGAGCAUACCACAUUCUUAGAAGAGUUGAUGUUUUGGACCGUUGCUUACGAAUUUCCACAAAAAUUGGUUUGCCUGCUUUUAAAUAUGUUGCCAGAUCCCGAUUAUAAGGAAGCUUUAACUCGCGCCUUUGUAUUACAUUAUAGUAGGAUCUCAAUGAUGCUUGAACGUUCCACAGAUCCUGAUACAUUAAGCAAUAGGGUUGUACACGUUAGCGUACAGCUAUUUAGUAACGAGAAGCUAGCAUUAAGAAUGGUUGAUCAAUUGAAGUUGUUACAUGUUAUGGUUAUUAGUUUGAAAUACAUGAUGAGCAAAAUACUGAUUCAAAAUACUUUGCACGAUCCGGAUAAAAACUUCCACUAUGUCGUGGAUUGCGGACGUCAAGUGAUGAAAGAGCACUGUUAUUGGCCAUUGGUUUCUGAUUUGAACAAUGUACUUUCACAUAAACCAGUGGCUGUUAGAUUUAUGAGCGAUAAUACUCUCUUAGAAAUGUGGUUUGAUUUCCUGUCCAUGUUUCAAGGCAUGAAUGUCAACCAAAGGGAGUUAAGCCAACAUGUCGAGUUUGAACCUAACACAUAUUACGCGGCAUUUAGUGCUGAGCUGGAAGCUAGUGCAUAUCCAAUGUGGGCUCUGGUUUCGCAUCUUCGCGGAUCUGAAAGUGCGACGUUAAGUCGACGCGUGCUUACUUUUUGCCUCACAGCUUUGCAAGAUUGGCUUGACGCUGUGAACUACACGCAUCCGAAUGUGAGUGAUAGUUUGCAAGUGUCAUUUCAUCUGCCCCUUCAUCGAUAUCUCGCGGUAUUCAUGUGUCAGGCGAUUAGACAACAGGGAGCGACUUUGCGCGAAUUAUUGCCACCCACAGAUAUGCUACAUCUUCUCAUGAUGCAUCCACUGCGAGUACAGGUGGCCUUCUAUGAGAUUUUAAAUGGUCUGUGGGUUCGCAAUGGAUUGCAAAUAAAGGGCCAAGCCAUGACCUAUAUACAGUGCAAUUUCUGCAAUUCUAUGGUGGACGCGGAUUUAUAUCUACUGCAAAUCUGUGCUACAAAGUUACUGCCAGAUGUCUUUUUGAAAACCGUUAUUGAAAAAUUUCACGUAAGGGAAUGGAUGAGUUUAUGUCUAUAUCAUGCCCCACAAAAUGAAUAUCUUGAGGGCGAGCAUGAUACUCCGAUGUUAGAGAGCUGCCUAACAUUUUUAGCUACGUUGGUCAACGUAAGAACGAAUCUCGGUUUAUCGGAUUCUGAUAUGUCUCGCCUUGAAAUGGUAACUUUACUGUGUAUGGGUGAUAAGACGCAUAGUCAAUUGAUGGAACUGAUGCCCGAACGCUGUGGAACCACUCAAAACAGAGAUUUUGAGUCAGUCUUAGCUGAUGUAGCACAGUACAGGGCUCCGAAUCUCGAGGCAAGCGGUAAUAUGCAACAAGGCAUGUAUGGACCAAAACCUCGCGUUUGGGACGAGUUAUUUGAUCCUUUACAUGUUUUGUUAAGAGCGGUACACAGAAGGGAUUUCCAAGUAUCUAUGGAUCGUUUUACAGAUUACGUGAAGCAAUCGGGCAAGCUAAAAAAUGGUGCAACUCCCUGGCCACCAUUUAGGCAUCCAGCUCCGGUUUCACCGGACUACGAUGAUCCUCGGAUUGUUCUACGCACCAGAGUUUUUCAUGCUAUGAUCCUGAUAAUACUCUAUAAGGCUGUGAACGGGCAUAACAUAUCAGAACAUGUUAUGGCAUUGGCUAUUUACCUCUUAGAAAUGGCAGUUUUUACCGCGGAACCGCCAAAUAAAUCUGUAAGCCCUUUAUGCCAAUACACUGGAGGCACUUCUCGUGUGAUAAAGGACAUGGAUUUAGCUGGGUGGUACGAAAGUGACAACUUGUUCGAAAAUCUAAGGACAGUGAUACCUCGAGUGAUUCUAGUCCAAGAGUCGGAGCCGAACAGCUCAGACAGCGAAUUUGAGUGGGAGAUUCAAGGAGAGAUGAGCGAAGUAGCAUCAUCCUUAAUGCUGAAUGAUGGCGCGGAUGACGGCGUGGAGGAAGGCUCUCUGGAGCUCUUAGGGUUUUCUGUAGACACUGUUAGAGAGGACAAUGCUGUGUCGAGUGCAAGUGUGUCAUCUCUGCCAGCUUUACUACCGUCAGUUGAAACAGCUACAUCUCUGCCAGCAUUACCAUCAACAAGUGUGGAAUAUGACGUGGUACCUGAAGACGGAAUCGUCGCCAUAGCUCGUAGUAACAGCGAGGAUGAUUUAACGAUACCUUUGCAAAGAGCUCUACCACCAUCCGGAGAAGAAUCUAUGGCUUUAGCAAUUGAAUCGCCUCCUUCACCAAAUAAUGUAGUCGGUGGCCAACCUGCAUUACCACCUGCUCCUCAACGUCCAGCAGUUAUGGCUGGAAACGAAAUAGUUGCACAACCAGUUGGUUACAGAAUAUUACAUACUACAGAAAUUAUUCCAUCCACAUCAAAUCCUCACAAACAUUUUAAAAGGAGAGAGCCACAAGGUGGACCAAUACAACCGCAAUCCGUAAAAGUGGGAGAGAGCAUAAUUUCUUUAUUGUUAAAACUACAUUCUCAAUUAUCGGGUGUACCAGACAGUUACAAUCCUGAACAAAUGUCGGAUAAUGAAGCCAGUAGCAGUAGUACUAGCAAUAAUAAUAAUAGUCCUUCUAUAUCAACGUCGCCUAAUGAAUCGCGAAUUGGCGAUGGACCGUUUUUCAUAUUACAGUUACUUAGAAAAAUAGCAGAUUUAGAUCCGAUAUGUAAACAAACCAUCAUCGAGACCAGAAACAAAUUGUGGCCUCGUAUGCAGGAAUGCGAGGAGGAUGAGCAACGUGAAAAGGAGAAUCGUGAAAGAGAGAAACGACGAAGAAGAGCGAAAGAAAGGCAGCAGAAACUGAUGGCAGAAUUUGCUAACCAACAGAAACAAUUUAUGGAAAAAGCAAUGAAGACUGAGGAAGCAGGUGCAUCCGGAAUGGAUUGGGAUCAGGAAGAAAAUAAGACUAAAUUGACUAGUAAAAAGGAGUAUGAUUGUGUGAUAUGUAAUCAAACCACUCCUAGCAGUGAAGACAAGCCGAUGGGACUUGUUGUAUUAGUUCAAGCGACUAGUAUCAUUGGUCAUGAACGACAACAAUCGGACAGGCUAGUUCUUCCCACAUCCGACGAGGAUCCGCCUAUACCGAAGGGAGAUACUCGAGGCGCUCAUUUUGACCGCAGAAUGGAAGAAAUGAAUAAUUUAUUCGAUACAUUGUCUUGGUUGCUCUCAGUUAAUUUGGGAUGGGAAGGUGGCGUCCAUGUGCAAACAUGUGGUCAUCAUCUACAUCUGGAUUGUUUAAAAUCCUAUCUGGAGUCCCUUCGUAGUCAACAGCGACAACAGAGUCUGGCAGUGGAACGAGGCGAAUACUUAUGUCCGCUGUGUCGGCAAUUAGCUAACUCUGUUCUGCCGCUAUCGCCACAAUUAGGCGAAUGCUCGGCGGUAGUGCGAUCUCGUCAUGCUUCCACGGAGACUAUACUCGCGGAUCUGAAUACUUUUCUCAAAGAGAUACAACGAAAUCCUGCCUCUUCAAAUUUGGCUGUGGCGAUGGGAAAGGCUAUGGAGGAUAUGACGAGUUGCACGUAUCUAAAAUAUAAGCAAAAGAACUGUAAACCUAGUCACCAAAGCUUGUUCCUUUUUGUAACUUCGGUAGCUCGAACUAACUUUGAGAUUGAACUUGUACAACGCGGCGGAUCGUUAUGCGUUCCAUCACCUACUAUGAUACCUCUGACUCCUAAGCGUGAUUGCAUAGUUGCGCUUCUUCACGUCUUGGCAAUGCAUGCUCGAGUACUGACCACAUGGCCAGUGCAUCACGUAUGGCAGCAACUAUCUGGCAUAUCGCUGACAGAAGAAUCGGCAUCCUCGCUCGCCUUGACGCCACACGACGACAGACAGGUUCCUUUGCUUCUACGAGAUCCAACCGCCAUGCUCAUUCAAUUUAUUUUACUGCUGCCGUUACAUUUGGAUCAAACAUACUUUUCCGGCGUAGUAAAGGUCCUUUACAACCUACUGUAUUAUCAAGUAAUACUUCAAAUAAGCUGUAACCUCUCACAAACAGAACGAAACACAAUUCUGAAGAGGAGAUGUAGUUGCAACACCACGCCUUCAGAGACCAUACUGGCCGGAAUUAUCGAAUAUUUCGGCGAAAGUGGACUCUAUACUGGCGCAGAUGACGACAAACCGUCCACUUCGUCGUCUCCUACUUACGCCAGAGUGAAAACACACGGCGUCGAGCAACAAAUCCAAUCGUUGUGUCUGCCGUUUCUGCGAGUGGCGUCAUUGUUACGUUAUCAUCUGUAUGAGCAGCCACUGCCACUGAUCAGAACGUCGCAGAGUGAAUUUGUGACGUUGGUAUAUUAUCUGGAACUAGUCACAGAAGGCAUGAGCUGGAACUGCUUUGACUCAACAGUAGCGUUGAAUUGGCAAGAGCCAGAGGCAAGUGUCUCGGUGCCUCUCUUUUGGUGUGAUCAAUUGCUCGCUUUUCUUGCUAACUGGCGAGGCCACCAGCCAGCUCGGAACAUGAUUAUGGAACAGCAUAUAUCAUGGCACGUGCCGAAGCUGCUUAGUCUUCCAAGGGAAUAUGAGAAGAUCUUCACGUAUUACCACGAGCGGCAAUGCAGUCAGUGUCAUUCUGUACCACAAGAAAUCAGCAUCUGUUUGUUGUGCGGCACUAUCGUUUGCCUCAAACAAAACUGUUGUAAACAGAUGAACGUUUGCGAAGCUAUUCAGCAUUCAAUUGAUUGUGGAGGUGGCACCGGCAUCUAUCUUGUAGUGACAUCGACUUAUAUUAUCGUGAUACGCGGCCGGCGAGCAUGUUUAUGGGGAUCUCUGUAUCUUGACGAUUUUGAAGAGGAAGAUAGAGACUUAAAACGAGGCAAACCAUUAUAUCUUAGUCAGGAUAGGUAUCAGCUUUUAGAACAGCAAUGGCUGGCACAUAGAUUCGACCAUACGAAGAAGACAUGGGUAUGGCAUCGUGACGCUCUGUGACCCUUCACAAUGUUGUCGUAUAUUGCUCGUCGCUCCUAAUCUCAGAAGAAGACUCUCUUCCUCCCUUUCUCUAUUUGACUCCCGCAACUCCCAUCAUUUAUUCUCACACAAAAUGCCUCGCCUUUUCGCAGUAAUGUCCGCGCGCUUUA